AUAACGAUAUACGUGAAAGCUGGUGAAGAUUCCUUUGCACCUUCCCACAUCUCCUAGUCCAUAGGCAACUGGACAUUUCUAUCUCUCCAUGGUCGCAAGUGGCAUACCAUUAGAUGCCGGUACUUUAAUGUCAACAGUGCUGGAAGGCAUUUUAUACGGCUUUUCAAUCCUUCUGUUUAUAGGUACGAUCUGGUCUUUGACCUACAAACGGCGCAUACGAGACAUCAAUCGCCCCAUUGCCGUGGUCGCCAUCUUGCUGUGCAUGCUGAGUACUGCGCACAUCAUCGUGGACAUUGUUCGUGUCGAAUACGCAUUUGUGACGUAUCGCAGCACGUACCCAGGCGGGCCAUCGGCAUUCUUCGCAGACGUUUCCCAACAAACGUAUGUGCUCAAGCAUGCGUUUUACGUCUUACAAACUCUACUUGCUGAUGGAGUGGUGAUUUAUCGCUGCUAUACUGUUUGGCAAUCCAUCUGGAUUAUCAUCCUACCAAGCAUACUGUGGUGCAGCGUCGCAGUGACUGGUGUUAUUGGCCUCUACAGUGCAUCGCAAUCCGGGAGUGACUCUGGAAACAUCUACGCCCAGAUGCUUGCGAACUGGGUCACGGCGUUCUUUUCCUUGACGAUCGCGACUAACCUAUUGAGUUCAGGAUUAUUGGUGUAUCGCAUCUGGUCGAUUGAGAGCAACGUCUCUAAAGCUCGCGCUACGAAAGGCACUAUGAUGCCAAUUGUGCGCGUGCUUGUGGAUACUGCUGUUUUGUACUCUGUGAUGCUAUUUAUAGCAUUAAUCUGUUUCGUCUGCACGAACAAUGGGGAAGUUGUUAUGCUGGACAUGAUCAUGCCGACCGUGUCGAUCGCCUUCUACAUGGUGCUUAUUCGCAUCGCAAUCGCUAGAAAAAACCGCCAUUACUCAAGUAUCAGUAUGCCCAGAAGGACAACUAGCGAGGCGGGACAGGAAAGCUCGCGGCAAAAUGCUAUGAAGCCUUUGCAGGUCCAUAUAUCCCAAUUCGAUGACGGUACUCCAGGGUUUGGCAAAGGGAAUGAGGACCAGCUAUUGCCAUGCCCGGCAGAGUCUGUGUAACACGCACCUCGAAAUAUGUACUCUACUUAAAUUUGACCUCAAUGCUAUACUAUCGUAACAGUGCUCGGCCGCGCCAGUCCCCGAC